AUGACGGAUCAAGAAAAGCGUGACGAAGGGACGCUGACGGGGGUCGGAUAUAUAUCAGACGAUGGCAGCGAAGUAUCGGAUACGCGGCCAAUGGAAAAUAGGAAGGAGGGAGAGAGAGGGAGGACGGGGACCUUGAUUGGUGACGUCACACACGGAUGUUCCAGGCAUGCAGCCCAAGCUCCAGCCCCAGCGGAACAGGGCCAGUCAGUCCUCGUGGGGGAAGCCACCAGUGCAGACGCCGAUUCCCUCUCAUUCUCCUUCCCUCCCCCCUCGCUCUCUCUCUCUCCUCUCGCGCACCCACACGCACUCACAUACGUACGUACGCAGUCUCAGGGUUACUUGGAGUCCGUUUGCGGAUCGGUGUCUGAUCCGAGAUGGGAGAGCCGACGAUUGACCUUUCCCCGGGACGUCUAUGAUCGGCUCCGGCUUCUUCGCGACGCUGUCGAAAAGGACUCACGAGCUCAGGUGGUGUUCGAGGAGGGUGGGAGGACGGUGCUGGUGUGCGGCGGUGAAGGGAGCGUCGGAGCAGCCGUCUCACUCCUAGAGGCUUUGGCCUCUCCUCCUCCACCCUCCAUCUACCACCGACAUCGUCCCAACCCAAGGGGAAUUGGAGACCCGUCCGAACUGGCUUUCCUCGAGCAACGGAGCCCUGAGGAACUGCUGUUCGGUUCCCGGCUCCCGGCGGAGCUGAGCAUUUUGAAUACGUCGUCUUCUUCCAUUUCCCCGUCUGCGUCCGCGUCCGGUCUACUCCGGACCGGAUCCUGGGGUUCGAGGAAGACCCGAUGCCACAAGUUGGAGUCGGAAGACUCGUGCUAUGACACGGACCAGGAGAAUUUGGAGCCUGUGAGCCCCCACGAGGAUGUGAGCCGGACUGUGAGUGAGACGUUAAGACAGGAGUUCCAGGAAUAUGUCAGCCUGGCACCCUCGAUUCCGAUCUUGGAUAAGUCCCAGCCGCCGAUCGAUGACAAAAAAGACGUGGACGGGGACGGAGAGGAGGUGGAAGAAGAAGUGGAAACCUUGCAAUACAAUUCUCGAGUGGAGUUCGCUCUGAAGCUGGGCUAUUCCGAAGGUCAGGUGCAACGAGCCUUGCAGAAGCUGGGUCCUGACCCAGAGCAGAACGAACUCCUCGCCGAACUCAUCAAGCUGGGCGCUGGAGCAGGAGUGGAAGUUCCCGGGAGUCCCGGCGACUCUGAAGCAGGACUCUCCACUACCACAUCCAAUAUUCCGACCGGGGAAACGAAGCCUGACGCUUGCAAUUCUUCGUCUUCUCUGUCUUCCUCGGCCUCAUCCUCAUCCUUCUCCCUCAGACACAUCGUCAUCGACGGCAGCAAUGUCGCCAUGAGUCACGGAAAUAAGGAGGUGUUUUCGUGUCGGGGGAUUCGUCUCGCAGUGGACUGGUUCAAAGCCAGGGGUCACACGGACAUUACUGUUUUCGUCCCCAAGUGGAGGAAGGAAUCCUCCCGACCCGACGCUCCCAUCCAAGAUCAAGAAAUCCUGUUGGAACUGGAGAAGGAACGACAGCUGGUGUUCACGCCGUCGCGGCUGGCUGGGGGUCGCCGCUUGGUGUGCUACGACGAUCGCUACAUCCUAAAGCUGGCGGCCGAGACGGAUGGCAUCGUUGUAUCAAAUGACAAUUACCGCGAUCUCGCCGCCGAGAACCCGGACUUCAAGAAAGUCGUCAUUGAAAGACUCCUCAUGUACUCCUUCGUCAACGACAGAUUCAUGCCGCCGGACGAUCCUUUGGGUCGGAAUGGACCCACCCUAGACGCCUUCCUCCGGAAGCCUGUCGGGAGCUCCGCUCCAUUUGAACAACUGGGACUCGCUCCGCCCUGUCCCUAUGGCAAAAAGUGCACGUAUGGGAACAAGUGCAAGUUCCUGCACCCGGAGCGAGGGAACCAGCCUCAGAAAUCCGUGACGGAGAAAUUGGCGGAAAGGGCCCAAAAGAAGAUCCAGGAAGUGAAAGCUAGGACUGCUAAGAGCCGCGAUUCCUCUCCUGGUGAAUCCCUGAAAGCAAAACUGAGUCUUCCAGACUAUCCCAGUGGGGGCAAGCCAAAACAGGCCCUGGCACGAACAGCAUCAACAAAUCCAACAUGGACCUUGUCGCUUCCUCAGUGUGAUACUGAGCCUACAAUCACACUUACCACAACCAGCCCAAUGUCCCCUACUAAGACCUGUGUCCAUAAGAGCAAGAGUGUGGAGAACAUCUUAUAUCCCUUGACUCUUCCCCCAAAUAUCUGGAACGAACCUCCACCACCCAUCCAACAGGCUGGGUUGCUCAGCCCUCCAUACCCUCCUCCAACUAUAUCGCCACCAUCAACAUCUCUAUUUGAUGCAAGAGGAACAACUCAGGCUAAAGAUGGUCAUCGCAAGCUCCAACGGCAGCUCACACUAAAUCCAAAUUAUGACCCUAGAUUGUAUCAGCUUCGUAGCUUUGUUCCACCACCCCAAAAACCAUAUCAAAUGUUGAGUCCCAUGGAUCCUUAUAUGGGCCAACAUUUGCCUGUGACUAGACAUGCAAGUGCACAGGAAGCAAAUCAGAGCAUCUGGGCUGCACAUGAUCUUGCUCAACAUCCAAAUGUGUCUCGUAUUGCAUCAGCACCUGAUUCAUCACACAGAUGGGGAUCUACACCUCAGGUGAAAUUAGGAAGUACAUCAGACACUCAACUGAAUAUGGGAGGUCCUUGGGGGCAGCCAUCUUUCCCACCCACACAGCCUACUGUCUCCCAGCCACAUCUGACUCAAGGACCAAUUGGUAGCAGACCAGUGUUGACACAUCCACAGAUAAGUAGUGAAGAGUCUCGUUUCAAAUUAUAUUACCACCUGGCACAUGUUUUCCCCGAGGAACAGGUACGGGCUGCUAUGAAGAUGCAUCCCGAGGAGACUAACGCAGAGAAAAUCUGUGCAACGAUCCUUCAGAUGUUUAACCCUCAAUGAGGGAUCCCAGAACAUAGUCUUUUUUUCUUUUUAUCCUGUUCCAUCAAUACAGUGCUUGGCUGACCACCUGCAAAAUGCAAGUUCCAUCUGUGAUGGAUCAUCAGAAGCAAGUAAGCAUGUGUGAUGCAAGUGAUCUAGGUCUAUUAAAAACAAUUGGAUACACUGGAAUUGUUUUCUGACAGGCUGGGAACUAUUCUUUACUAUCUGUGAUCAAAAGUUACUCCUCCACUCUUGUUUUUGAGUUGUCACCCAGUGCAAAUGAAUGACCAUGCUCUAGGCGCCCAUAUUGGGCAAAAUUCGAGAGGAUUGUUGGUAUGCGUCCAUGACGGUCAACAUAUUUUAUGGAUCAAGUAGUCCCCCUAUUGUACCAUUGGACCCCCAUUGUCAAGAGCUCGGGGAGUCAUUUCUAUGCAUUCCCCAAGUCAUUUGACUUCUUUUGAGACUUUGGCAGACUUAGAAUUGAUAGUUACAUGUCCCAAAGAGUGUGCUUCCUUGUCAAGGUUAUGGCUGUUGGGGUUGCCAGGCAAGUUUUAGCUCUGGUCUCACAGCACUGGUGAAUGCAUUCUAUCUUAGCUAGCUAUAAUGCAAAGUUUGUCUUGCAUCAUUGGCCCUCCUACAAGAGAUCAUAUCAAGCUGCAUCAUGUUCAUAUUGCAGAGUUAUCUCCUGCAGCCAUCAAUGUCCCCAUAGUUGGACAACAGGUACAUUCUAAUAUGAAUGAUUACAUACAUGCAUACUGUAUGCACCAUGAUAUGCUUUUUUUUAUUUCUUUUAAUACGACAUUCCCGCAUUUUGUGAGGGGGUGUUGUGUGUACUGCUAGUUGCAAUGUUUCAGAGAAGGUCUCUCCAAUUUCUUCAAAUGUGUCUGUCUUGAUGGAGAAUAUAUUGGCUGUUUAUGAGAAA